AUGUGGACAAAAAUACUGUGAAAACGAGUGCUAAGUCUGCAAAACGAGGCUCUACUGGUGAAGAUGAAAUCCCUAGGAAAAAAUCCAAGAAGAACAAGAAGCACAAAAGCAAGAAGAAGAAGAAAAAGAAGAAGAAAAGGAAGAAAGAGAAGAAGCAUAAAAAGCAGCCAAAGGAGGCCAAGCUGAGCGCACUCCCCGGAGACCCUGCGGACGUGCCUCCUGUUCCUCUCUUGGUGCCGGAGAAUUCCAGCUCCCAACUGAAUGCUAAGAAGCUAUACCUGCAGGCACUUCUAGAAGCAAGACUUGCUGCAGAAUGUCAGAGCUUAGAAGAGACUCCAGAAACCUUGGGGGCUGCUGACACCAACUCUUUGGAAGCAGUUCCUCAACUAGGGGAUGUGAGAGGUGUGGAAACAACAAAACCUGAAGUGUCAACAGAGGGACAAUGUGCAGAAGAGGUGCAGGGCCAACAGGUGGAGGAUAUGGUGGUGGAAAUGGAAGAUGAAGAGCAGAUUCAACCAGCUGAGCCUGCAGAAACAGUUUUUAGUUCAGCAGAGGAAAAAGAUUCAUCAGAGGCUCCUGUGGCAGCAACAGGUCUGGAAACAUCUCAGGCUGAUGGAAAGCUCCGAGAUGCGGAAGCAGCUGUGGGCUUGGAAGCAGAGACCAAAGACCUGGAAGCAGCUCCAGCAGCCAAGACUGACACAGAAUUAGUUCCAGGACUUGAGGUGGAAGCCGUUCCAGAGGCUGAGGAUGUCAAAGAAGCAACUCCAGAAGAGGACUCGGAGAAAAGAGACUCCGAAACCUCAGAUGUGCAGCCUGACGUGGCAGCAAGGAUGAAGGAGACUCUCAUGAGGCUGGAGAAUGUCAUCGAGAAAAGUAGCCAUAGAACCAGCGAGAAAAAACAUGACUCUAAGAAGCAGAAGAGGAGUCGCACCAAGUCCCAGUCCAGGUCUAGGAAGAGGAAGAAGAAGUCAAGGUCACGCUCUACUUCCAGGCGUUUGGCCUCCAAACGAGCACGUUCGAGGAGCAGGAACUACUCUGUGUCCAGAAAAAAGCAUUCCAAAUCCCGAUCCAGGUCUGUGGAGAAGAGAUUGUCCUCCCGGAGGUCCAGGCGCAGGCGCUCCCGGUCAUCUGACCGCUACAGGUCUAAAUCCAGGUCAGCAGAGAAGAGAUUGUCCUCUGGGAGGUCCAGGCGGAGGCGUUCCAGGUCGUCUGACCACUACAGAUCCAAGUCCAGGUCAGUGGAGAAGCGACUGUCAUCUCGAAGGUCCAGAAGAAGACGUUCCAGGUCUUCUGAUCGCUACAGAUCCAAGUCCAGGUCAGUGGAGAAGCGACUGUCAUCUCGAAGGUCCAGAAGAAGACGUUCCAGGUCUUCUGAUCGCUACAGAUCCAAGUCCAGGUCAGUGGAGAAGCGACUGUCAUCUCGAAGGUCCAGAAGAAGACGUUCCAGGUCUUCUGAUCGCUACAGAUCCAAGUCCAGGUCGGUGGAGAAGCGACUCUCCUCUCGGAGGUCUGGGCGCAGACGUUCCAGGUCAUCCGACCGCUACAGAUCCAAGUCCAGGUCAGUGGAAAAGCGGCUCUCCUCCCGGAGGUCUGGUCGUAGACGUUCCAGAUCUUCUGACCGCUACAGAUCCAAGUCCAGGUCGGUGGACAAGAGAUUGUCCUCAUGGAGGUCCCGCCGCAGGCGUUCUAGGUCCUCUGACCGCUCAAAAUCCAGAUCCAGGUCUUCAGAAAAGAGAGGGGGCAAAGAAUACUCCUGGAGGUUCAGACACAGAUCUGGUUCCUCUGAUGGCUCAAAGUCAAGGUCCAGAUCAGUGGAGAAGAGAGGUCGGAAGGCAUCUGUGAGGGCAUCCAAACGUCGCCGCUCCAAGUCCUCCGACAGGUACAAGUCCAGGUCCAGAUCAGUAGAAAAGAGAGACCGGAAGCAGUCGUCACGGAAGUCUAAACACCUGCACUCCAAGUCCUCUGACCGUUCCAAGUCCAGAUCCAAGUCAGUGGGAAAAAAGAAGGAGUCAGCACGGAAGUCCAAGCGUCACCGCUCAAAGUCUUCUGAGCAUGACAAGUCCAGGUCCAGGUCUACCGAAAAAAAGCGUAAAGAGUCUUCAAAAAAGUCCAAAAGGAAACGUUCCAAGUCCUCUGACAGCGUUAAGUCAAGGUCCAAAUCUGUAGAGAAAAGUAAGUCAUCCUCAGCAAAGUCCCGGAGCAAGCAUGCCGAGUCUGUGGAGCCUCAGGAGUCAACCAAAGGUCUUGACAAAGUAGAUGUCCCUGAACCUUCCUUUGGAAGUGAAGGCAGGUCCUCUAAUGGUCCCAUGUCCUUGUCUGAACAAGGAAUCAAUGGCCCAGAGCUGCCACCAUCAUAUGGAACUGGCUUUUCCAAAGCUUCUGAAAGUGUUGAGAACAGCUCCUCAUCUGUUGACAGAACAGGUCUGCAGUCUUCUGCCUUGUCUGAAUUGGAUGCUCCCAAAACCCCAGACGGCCAGGAGCUGAGAUCCAUGUCUGUGGAAAAAACACAGGAUUCAGAGCUUUCCAUGACAUCAGAAAACGGCUCAGCAGAAAAAGCUUCACCCCUACCUGAACUUCCAUACGCCACACCCAAGUCGAGAUCCUCAUCUGUAGAAAAAAGGGGAGAUCUGGAGACCUCUUCAGUGACAGAAUUCUAUCCCUCCGUGUCCCACGAAGAUGGAUCCAGAACUGCCUCCCUCAGAGAAGUGGAGGGUCCAGAGCUUCCUCCAGCACUUCAAAGUGACUACAAGGCAAUCUCUUCGUCCUCUCUGCUCUCCAACUCCUCUGAUGGCCAUGAAUCCAGGCACAUCUCUGGUGACCAGACAGAGCUCCAGCAGUUCUUGCAAGUACCUCAACAUGAAGCUUCCCAGUUGGCUGCCAGCCCUGUGGAAGCUCAGCGGCCUGAGGUGACACACUCUGUAUUCCCUGGUGGCCAUGGGUUGGUCUCCUCACCUUUGGCAACAGGCCACAUGCAGGAGCCUUCUUUGGCUGCUGACCGUGGGCACUUCGGGUCUCCUGAUGGACAUGGACUUGGUGCACAAGUAAAGGAGCUUCCACUGUCUGAAGGAGAGUCCUUCAAGUCACCUGAUGGAAACGAUCAAAGGUAUUUAUCUGUUGAGAAAGUCAAGGCUCCAGAGGUUUCCCUGACAUCUGUGUGUGCUCCUGUUGAGGUCUCAGAUGACCUCAUGUCAGUGUCCUCUUUUGAAGUUCAUGACUCCAGAUCAUCUAUUGACAAGGCUUUGGAUGGUCCAACACUUUCACAUGUCCUUGACGGCUCUGAAGUGCACGAGUCAAGAUACCUUCCUGCUGGAAAAAUGGAUGGAGCAGGAUCUUUGGUGGUGUCCAAAGGUGGAAUUUCCAUAUGCCAUGAUGGCCACACCAAGUACAAUUCCUUUGAGCAAACAGAAGGUGUAGAACUGUCAGUGGCACCUGAGCUCAGGUGUUCUGUCUUCCCCGAAGGCUAUAAACUGACAUCUGUUGCAGUUGGAAAAGUGGAGAUGCCUCAGUCUCCUGUCCUGCUGGAGAGUGGAUUCUCCGAUGGCUGUGGAGCAGUGAGCGCGCCCGGGAAGCUGCAGCCCCCAGUGGCUGCAGUGGCGGCGGAAGGUGGUAUUCUCCUGGUACCCGACAACCACGAGCUGAGACCUGUCUCUGCCGACAAGGUGGAGGUGCUGAACUCAUCUGAGCUGAAAUGCAUCGUGUCCCCUGAUGGCUACAAGCUGAGAUCUGCCUAUGCUGAAGGACUCCAGGUGCAGGAGGCUGCUCAAAUACUGGAGAGCAGAUGUUCUGCUGCCUCUGAUGGUCCCGAGUUGGAAAGAGCUGAGGUAGAGGAGUCUUCUCAGGUGUCUGAGAAUGAGUACGCCAUAGGGCUGGACGGCCCAGAGUUUACAUCAACCCCUGCCGGCAAAACAGAGCUGCGGAAGCUGUACCAGAUGUCUGAGGAAAGGUGUCUGGAGGCCAUGGAGAGCCAGGAGCUCUCUGCUGAAAGGACACAAGUGCAAGAGCAUCUGGUGUCUGAAAAUGACUGUGCUGUGUCCUGGGUGAGCCAGGAGUUGAGGUCCAGCUCUCCUGAGAAGGCCGAGAUGCAGGAGGCUGCGCUGGUCCCUGACAAUGACUGUGUGUCCUCUGAAGAUCACGGAUUGAUGUCGUCCCGGGCGGAAAAAACAGUGGUGCAGGAGUGUUUUGUGCUGCCUGAAAAUGACUGUGGUGUGCCUCCUGAGGAGAUGGCAGCGAGCCCUGCUGAGAAAGAGCCUUCUGUGACUGCUGGCAGUGACUAUUCUAUUUUCCCACGAGGCCAAGGACUGCAGUCCGCGCUCCUGGAAAACGCAGCAGCACCGGAGCCUGUGCUGAUCCCAGACACCCAGUAUGCUGCAUCUCCUGAGGGGCAGGGGCUGCUCUACGAGAAGACCGAGGUGCAGGAGUGCUCUGUGCUCUCUGAGUACGAGGUGUCCCCUGAGCAGCGUGAGGGGAGAGCCAGUCCCGUGGAAAAAGACUUGGAGGAACCUUCAGAAGCAUCCGAAAGUGAAAGUUCAAUCUCCACUGACAGCCAAGAGCUGCAGACUAGAGUUGUUGGAAAAGCAGAGGUGCAGGAGUUGUCUUUGUCUGAAGGUGAGUGUACCACGUCCCCUGAAGCUCAGGAGCUGCAGUCCAGCCCUGGUGGAAAACCUCUGACAUCGGACAAUGAACGUGCUCUGUCCCCUGAGGAGUACGAAUCCAGAGUGGUGCAUGCUGAGAGAGCAGAGGGUGUGGAUUCUGCCGUGACAGCUGAGCAUGACCAUCUCUUCUUCGAGAGCCAGGAGGUGAGAUUCAGCUCUGUUCUGAAGGGAGAUGGGCAGGAGCUUUCUCCAGCACCUGAAAACGAGCAUGGAGCAUCCCUUGACGGGCAGGACUUCAGUUUCUCCACUGCUGGAAAAGUAGAUGGUCUCGAACCUGUGAUGCUGAACGACAGAGCCUCCAUGUCCCCUGAUCAGAGCGACUUGAAAACCAUCCCUGUGGAAAACAUGGAUCAUGCAAUGCCUGAGGGUGGGUGCUCCGUGUCUCCUGGUGGCUACAGUGUGAGAUCGGGUGAAGAAACAGGAGAUCUGGAGCCCUCAUCAAGAUCUGAACGUAGGUAUUCCGUAUCCUCCUAUCAGGAGGGUCCCAUGGAGGAAGAGGGUCUAGAGUUGCCUUUUACUUCUGAACACAGACGAUCUGUAUCCCCUGAGGGCCAUGACCAGAAGUCUACUAUCGAUGAAGACAUGGACGAUCGUGAGCCCUCUCUGACGUCCGAGCACAGACGUUCCACUUCCCCUGAUGAGCACGAGUCAAGGUCUAGUGCUGGGGAAGAAGCAGAAGAUCUGGAGCAGCCUUUGACAACAGAACGUAGAAGCUCUGUGUCUUCUGAUGGGCGUGAGUCAAGGUCAACCACUGGGGAAGAAGCAGAGGAUGCAGAAGCCUCCAUGAUAGCUGAACGAAGAGACUCCAUAUCCUCUGAUGAGCAGGAGUCAAGGUCUACUGCUGGGGAAGAUGCAGAAGAUGGGGAGACCUCUUUAGCUGAACGUAGACAGUCCACGUCUUCAGAUGACCAAGAAUCAAGGUCUGCAGCUGGUGAAGAAGCAGAGGAUGUGGCAGCUGAACGUAGACGCUCUGAGUCUCCUGAUGGACGUGAGUCAAGGUCAACUGUUGGUGAAGAAGCAGAGGAGCAGGAGCUCUCUUUGACAGCUGAACGUAGACACUCCACCUCUUCAGAUGAGCAUGAGUCAAGGUCUACUGCUGGUGAAGAUGCAGAGGAUGUGGAGCCUUCUUCUGCAGCUGAACAAAGAGAUUCCAUGUCGUCGGAUGAGCAAGAGUCAAGGUCCACAGCUGGUGAAGAAGCAGAAGAUGUGGAGCCUUCUCUGGCAGCUGAGCACAGGCGUUCGGCAUCCCCUGGGGGAGAAUCAAGGUCUACCACUGGUGAGGAAGAAGGAGAUGAUGUGGAGCCCUCCUCGGCAGCUGAACAAAGAGACUCCUCAUCGUCAGAAGAGCAUGAGUCAGAGUCUUCCAGCGGUGAAGAAGAGGGUGAGGACGCAGAGCCCUCUUUGGCAGAUGAGGACAAGCAGGAUUCUAUGCCCCUGGAGAGAUCAGAGGAACAGGACUCUUCCUUCGUCCCUGAUGGGAGACGUUCUGAGUCUUCUGAGCGUGAAAAAUCCAGAUCCAAAUCUGCCGAUAAAGCAUCUGACAAAGAGUCUUCACGGAGAUCUGUGAGCAGAGUCUCCAAAUCUGCUCACCCAAUGAGUCGAUCCACCUCUGUGGAGAAAGCAGCAGACAAAGACUCUUCACAUAGGUCCAGGCGGAGACGCUCCAGGUCCACGGCUCGCCAGAGGAGUCAGUCCACGUCCGUGGAGAAAGCAGCAGACAGGGAGUCCUCGCGCAGGUCCAGGCGGAGGUGCUCCAGGUCUGCUGCUCGCCAGAGGAGCCAGUCCAAGUCCGUGGAGAAAGCGGGAGAUAAGGACUCCUCCCGGAGGUCCAGGAGCCGGCGCUCCAGGUCCUCCCAGCGCAGGUCCAAGCGGUACGACACCGACUCGCGCUCCAGGCGGAAUCGCUCCAGGUCAGUGACGCGCAGGAGAGCGUCACGAUCCAGGUCCAGCUCGCUGUCACGGUCCAGGCACAGGCGGAGGAGUAGGUCCAGGUCGGCGUCGCGGCGGCGACGUUCCUUGUCCAGGGACAGGCGUAAGAGAUCCCAGAGGAACAGGUCACGGUCUACCGACAGGAGGAGGAGAAGAUCAGACUCCAGAGACCGUCGAAUCUCGCUCCGGUUGCGGAGCAGGAGCCGAUCACCUCUGCGGCAAAGGCGAUCCCGAUCCAGAGGGAGACGACGGAGCUCCAGCAGGUCACCGAUCCGACUGCGGCGAUCCAGGUCUUCAGGGAGGAGGAGAUACAGCAGAUCCCCUGACCGGCGCCGGUCACGGUCGUCGGAGUUCUCCAGCAGGUCACCCAAACGUCUUACAGACCUGGACAAGGCUCAGCUGCUUGAAAUCGCCAAAGCCAACGCGGCUGCCAUGUGUGCUAAGUCUGGUGUCCCCUUGCCCCCGAGCCUGAUGCCUCUGCUGUCCCAGAAGAAGGAUGACAAAGCCAACCAGAAAUCAUCGAGGGACACGCUGAAGGAGCUCACUGAGAAAUGCAAGAAGAUUGCUCAGAGCACAGAUGAUGUGAUUGUGAACAAACCUCAUGUGUCGGAUGAGGAGGAGGAGGAGAGACCUUUCUACAAUCAUCCCUUCAAGCUCAGUGAACCCAAACCCAUUUUCUUCAACUUAAGUACUCCCAGCAUAAAGCCAGCACCACCUCCCCAGCCCAAAAACCAGGUCAGCCUGUCCAAGGAGUUCCCGGUCUCCUCCGGCUCCCAGCACAGGAAGAAGGAGGCAGACAGUGUGUAUGGAGAGUGGGUUCCCGUUGACAAGGGCGGCAAGGAUGACGGCAAGGACGACGUUAACAGCUUCUCACACUCUUUUCCUUCCUAGUGUGUGGACAUCACCACGGCCAUGAACGAUAGAGCAGUAGCCCAGAAGAGGCUGAAUGAGAACUCCUUUGACCUGGAGGCCAUGUGCAUGUUGAACCGCGCGCAGGAGCAGAUCGAUGCCUGGGCCCAGUCCAACUCCAUCCCUGGCCAGUUCACGGGAAGCACUGGAGCACAGAUCCUCUCAUCGGACGAGCUGACCAAUAGUGGUCCCCAGGCCUGGAUCAGAAAGGUAGAGGUCUCACAGACACACUUGACCACCCACUACGUUGUGAAAAGCGACGGAG